ACAAGCAGGAAGUCAUCUCUUCAGCACAUGACUGUCAGGUGGUGUGGGUCACGUGAGCAUAGAGUUACGGAAAAGUCUAAACGAAAAUGGCAGGUUCGAGGAGCUCCACUCGGUUAAUGGGUCUUUAUAUUCUACUUUUCGCCCCUUUUUUCGCCUUGGGGAGCGCCACGUCUCAAGUGCCUUUUCUUAUGUGGUCCAGUGAACGCUUGCCACCACUGGCCUCACCUACAGCUGGUCAUAUAGCAUCUUAUGAGCAGCUGAGUGCCUACCUCACCUCUGCCUUCAGCUCUGGCUCCCACACCGUGCUGCUGUUCUUGCAGGACAAGUUAAGCAAAGAUGACUUCACAGUCUUUGGUGGCGUAUUUGGGAAUAAGGAGGAUAGUGCCUUUAAAAACAUUGAGGAUGCAAUGCAGUCUUCUACCUCAAAAGUGACACUGCCUGCCUUGGAGUGGUCUGGUUCCUUUAACAUGGCAGCUCUGCUGCAGGAGAAGCUCGGUGUUUCGCCUGUGCUCGUCGAUGCAGACACUCUCUCACAUCUGACUAUCAAAACGUCUGUCAGCAACCUCCUGCUCAUCAAUCUUCCUUAUUGUAGCAGCUUACAGAAGUCAUGCAAGGAAGUCCUACAUGAGAAUGAUGAAAUUAUUGGAAAAGUUCUGAGUUCAAUGAAAGCAAAAAACAUCCCAUACACUGCAAUAUACACAGGAUUCCAGCCAUCACGAGUGAUUUCAGAAACCCCGAUUUCUGAUCAGCCAGUGGGUCGGUCCUUGCUACAAGCAGAUGGAUCUGAAGUUAAGCCUCCCAUCAUGUUUAAUGUAUCUGGUGGUCCCUGCAUAAUGCUGUGGGCUCAAAAUCUCACUGUCAGACUGAGUCCGAGCUCACCAUGGAUCGACCUUGCUCAGGAUGUACCUUCCUUUGUUGGAUCACUGUGUAAUGGCAGUACCUCACGGCUUGUGCUUAGUUACCAAUCAGGCUUUAGAUUAAGUUUUUCAAUGAGCAAGCGUUUCUACUCUGUCUCUGCACGAGAAUGGUUCUCCCUGGAUGCAGUUGAGCUGCAGUACGCUAACCUCAGUGCAUCUUACAUCGCGAGCCGUGACAUCUAUGCUCCCGCAGAGUAUUCCUUUCAUUGCCAGUCUGUCGCCAACUUCGGAGAUAUCCGGCUCCACACAAACACAACAGACACAAAUUUAUCUCAAUGGAGGCUAAAUUUUAUCGACUUCCAGAUUCAGGGCUUUGGGUUGGCCAACAGCACAAACUUCUCCUACGCCAGUGACUGUGCAAGCUUCUUCACCCCAGCAAUUUGGAUGGGACUGGUGACUGUGCUCCUUACGCUGCUAAUUUUAGUGUACGGUCUGCACAUGAUCAUGCAGAUUAACACCAUGGAUCGGUUCGAUGACCCCAAAGGCCCAUCAAUUUCAGUGCCUCAGUCAGAGUAAAUCACUUUUUUACUUAAAAAAAAAAAAAAAAAA